AUGAACGGCAGCACCAUGAAUCUCACCGGAGGAAACUCCACGGUGUACGACACUUUCUGGCCGUGUUUGCGUGGGCAUCUGGAAAACAGGGUGGAGUACGACCUUGCGGUAGCUGCGUGCUCCCAUCUCCCGACCCCAUUUCUCGACGAGAAUCGGAAGGUCGGGAUCGCCUCGGCCGCUGUCGGGACAAUCGCUCUCCUCCUGAACGGCGCGGUCCUGUCCGGGGUGCUGAAGAACCGUGACCUGUCCAAACCCGUGUACCUGUUCGUGGCAAACCUCGCCGCCGCGGACUGCAUGGCAGGUGUCUUCUCGCUCUUCUUCUGUGCCAGUUUCCAGUUGGAACUGCUUCGACCAUUGACAAUGUUGGGCUUAAUCUGUGCAUACUUUUUAGUGCUGGUGCUAUCGGCAGUCGGCGUGAUCCUUCUGUCCAUGGACCGCUAUGUGGCCAUCCUCCAUCCGACAUACUACCAGACCCGCAUGUCCGGGCGACACGUAGCGGUGACUUUAGGGAUCGCGUGGCCGGCCUGUGCGGUUGUGUGCUUAUCUCCUGUCAUGGGCUGGAACUGCAUCGAUAUGGACACAGAAACCUGCAUGGCCAACAUGCCAGUGGUUUACGUGAUUCUGAUUAAAAGCAUCUUGCUAAUGGCCGUGGUGACCGUGGUCUUCGGUAACGUCAGGAUCUUCAUCACCCUCAUGCGGCGCUUCUCCAGAGACGGGCCGCCCGAGAAUCCCCAGGAAAACGUGCCGGCCGCUAGGCGAAGGGAACAGCGAAUCGCCGCUAGACAGUACCGGCAACUCCAAGACAGCUUCAAGAUGCAGCACAUCUGCAUUUUACAGGUGACAGUCGUCAUCGUCGCGGCGGUGUUCGUCAUUCUGUGGCUGCCCAUUUGUGUCGGGACUGUAGAGCAGCUGGUGUGCUUUGCACGGGAGGACUGUGAGGUCCAGGCAAGGCCGUACUGGGGGUUGCCGAUCGCGCUCUGCAAUUCGGUGAUCAACCCGAUCAUCUACGCGCUCAGGAUCGAGAAGAUUCGGGACGCCGUGCAGCGCAGAGCGCGACGACUCGCCAACGCGGUGCGUGAAAAGUUGGGCUGGACAUCGAAUCAAGUGGUGAACGGUCAUCAGACUGUUGGAGAUGCGGCAGCAAGGGACGGUCCUGGACCGAGUGCGGACAAUCGGACCGGCCAGUCAGCAAAGUGGGCAGUCAGUCGAAGAUUGGGAGAGACCACCAGAAACACACAGAACUCAAACCGUCUAAAUGUGCUGUUUGUAGCCUCGCCAAGCUCAGUGAAGGUGGGUGAAACCCCAAGCACCGAAUACAUCGAGUGAGCAAGGUAAACUGGCCUUCAAGGCGAAUAUUAGUUUUGCAUCAUGAAGACUGCUGUAAUUUAACUUACAUUUGGAGCUCCGAAAUUCUUUUUUUUACAGUAUGGAAUUGUGUAAUUUAGUUUAUCGUGUAGUGUUAUGUACUCGUAUAACAGUUAUUCCAAGUUUAAAAUUCACAGGCAUAGGUGAAGAAGGGACACGCAGUUUUGCCCUGUUGCGUUGCGUUGUGACACUAUUGUACAUAGUUUGCACUUACACGUAUAUUUGACGGAGUCGCCCAAAUUAAACCUUGUAUAAAAC